AUGCUUGCCUCCAUCCUCGGUCUUUUCUGCGUCGAUGCCUGGCGAGAGAUGCAAAAAUACAUCGAACGGGAAGAGCAGGCAAAAGCAGAAGCAACUGUUAAUCCAGACACUUUGAACCAUAUUCUUAUGUGGAAAUUCCGCUCCCAGCGAAAUCUUUACAUCAGUGGAUUCUCGCUCUUUCUGUGGAUUGUUAUUCAACGAUUGGCGUCAUUGCUGAAGGACAAAGCAACUGCUAAGGCCGAGGCCUCAGCUGCGAAAUCUCAGGCGGAAUCUGCCUCUCGAACCGCGGAGCUUCUUCUUGACCAGAAUAAAGAAAAGGAAGAGAAAGGUGCUGACGAGGUCGAGCAAGAGCUCAAAGAUAAGGUCAAGGAAAUGGAGAAGAAACUGGCGUCUGCCCAAAAAGAACUCGGAGAAGCCAAUAAAGAACUGAACCAAAAAGAUAAAGAAAUUGAAGCCAUGAAGUCUCAGGCAGAGGGACUUACCCGAGAGUACGAUCGAGUUUGUGAAGAGCUUCAGGAAUGA